UGUGCUUCCUGGUGUCGUGCACCCUACGCUGCUAGAAGCCAAAUCCUGAACCCGCCGUACUUCAACCUUGCCGAGGGCCGCAACAUCUCGGCCACGGCCACGUGUGGUGACCAGGGCACGCCCGAGCUCUACUGCAAGCUCGUCGGCGCCAACCUCGACAAGCAGGACAACCCGAACAUCAACCUCAUCCAGGGACAGGUGUGCGACUACUGCGAUGACCCCCGCCGCGACUACCCUCCGCACGUCUUCGAGGGCGACCCGCUGGACCAGCGGCGCGAGCACCCGGCACGCUACGCCAUCGACGGCACGGAGCGGUGGUGGCAGAGUCCACCACUCUCCCGUGGAACGCGCUUCAACGAGGUCAACCUCACCGUCGACCUCGGACAGGAAUUCCACGUGGCCUAUGUCUUCAUUAAAAUGGCAAACUCCCCUCGGCCGGGUGUGUGGGUCCUGGAGCGAUCAACAGACAAUGGCAAGACCUACAAGGCCUGGCAGUACUUCGCUGACAGUAUCGAUGACUGCAGGACCAUCUUUGGACCAGAUGUGGAGGACUCCAUCAAACGCGAUGACUCUGUCAUUUGUGAGACAAAGUUCUCCAAGGUGGUGCCCCUUGAGGGAGGGGAGAUGGUCAUCUCUCUGCUGAAUGGCCGUCCGAGUGCAGAUAACUUCACAUAUUCACCUGUGCUGCAAGAAUGGACUAAAGCAACCAACAUACGAAUGCGCCUGCUGCGAACGAAGACACUUCUCGGUCACCUGAUGUCAGUCGAACGUCAGGACCCCACAGUCACCAGGAGGUACUUCUACAGUAUCAAGGAUCUCAACAUUGGUGGCCGGUGCGUGUGCAACGGGCACGCUGACACAUGUGACAUCACUGACCCAGCAAACACGUACAAGCUCAACUGCCGGUGCCAGCACCACACAUGCGGUCACCAGUGUGAGCAGUGCUGCCCUGGAUACAUGCAGAACAAGUGGCAGCGAGCCAGCAUUGACAACCCCAAUGUCUGUGAACCCUGCAACUGCUUUGGACACUCGAAUGAGUGCUACUACGAUGAAAAGGUGGAUGAACAGCAGCUGAGUUUGAACAUUCAUGGCAUUUAUGACGGAGGUGGAGUCUGCCAAAACUGCCGGCACAACACAGAAGGCAUAAACUGCAACAAAUGCAAGCCUGGCUUCUAUCGCCCUUACAACAAGCCCUUGAAUGCCACCGACGUCUGCCAACCUUGCCAGUGUGACCCGACAUAUUCCUCGGGCAACUGCUCAGAAGGGUCAGGUCAGUGCGAAUGCCGGCCGGAGUUCCUGCCGCCAAACUGUGACCAGUGCAACGUAGGCUACUAUGGCUACCCAACCUGCCGUCCUUGUGACUGCCAUGCAGAAGGCACUCAAGGUCGUGUCUGUCAGGUGAACGGAGGCCAGUGUCCAUGCCGCCCUUACUAUGAGGGAAAGAACUGUGACCGCUGUGCUCCGGGCUACUAUGGUUUCCCAAACUGCCAACCCUGUGACUGCCACCCGACGGCUUCCUUGGGCAGAACCUGCGACGACACCACAGGGCAGUGUCAGUGCCGCAACAGCUACGGAGGACGUCAGUGUCAGGAGUGCCAAGUGGGCUUUUACGACUACCCGUCUUGCAAAUUGUGUGCCUGUGACACCACGGGCACAUUGGACGAUGUCUGCAGCAACCAGACCGGCCAGUGCCUGUGCAAGCCUGAAUAUGGAGGGGCACGAUGUGACCAGUGUGCACUGGGAUACUAUGGCUUCCCCAACUGCAUCCCUUGCCAAUGUGACCCCAAGGGCUCCCUUAGUGAAGUCUGUGAUGCCUCUGGAAAGUGCCCCUGUCUGGUCAGUUUCACUGGACUUCAGUGUGACCAAUGCGCACCUGGAUACUUUUCUUACCCCGAAUGCCACUCUUGCGAGUGUGACACUUUCGGUGCUGUUGGUAUCUCCUGUGGCAACGAUGGAACAUGCUUCUGCAAGUCAAACUUUGAUGGAGAGAAAUGCAACAGCUGCAAGAAGGGUUUCUACAACUACCCGCUCUGUGAAGGCUGCAACUGCAACCCUGCUGGCAUUCUGCCUACAUUUGGUGGAUGUGGCAGCCUGACCAGUGGAGAGCUGUGCGAAUGCAAGGAACGUGUCACGGGUCGAAUCUGCGACCAGUGCCGCCCACUCUACUGGAGCCUCAAGCCCGCUAAUCCUCAAGGCUGUGAAGAGUGCGAGUGUCACAUUCCUGGCACUGUGGGUGGCCUUGGUGUAUGCGAUGGACAGAGUGGUCAGUGCCUGUGCAAGCCCAAUGUGGGACAGCGACAGUGCACAACUUGCCUGGAUGGCACUUUUAUGCUGCGGGAGGACAACCUGCUAGGAUGCCAAGACUGUGGCUGUGACGUGGGUGGAUCGGUGGGCAGCACGUGUGAUCAGCGGAACGGACAGUGUCCUUGUCGUCCACGGAUCACCGGGCGCCGUUGCUCAGAACCUUUGCAGGCGCACUACUUCCCCACAUUGCACCAGCACAAGUACGAGGUUGAGGAUGGUCACACGCCAAGCGGGGUGAAUGCCCGCUUCGACUUUGAUGAGGUGCUCUUCCCAGGAUUCUCAUGGCGAGGCUAUGCCAUCUUCUCUAAUAUCCAGAAAGAGAUCCUGCUUGAUCUGCACAUCCAGAAGCCAGGGCUGUACCAGGUCAUUGCACGUUAUGUCAGCCUCAAUGGUGACAAUAUGUACUCCAACAUCACCUUCACUCCCGACUUUUAUGGAGAGACCAGGCAGAGCGAGAUACUCAUCCUGCCACCCAGCAAGGAGCCACGCUUCCAGGCUGUCGUUGGCCCAGAUGGUGUAACUGCACUGCCAUUUGUGCUCAACCCUGGCCGCUGGACCCUGUCCAUCAAGGCACAGAAGCCGGUGUUCAUGGACUACAUUGUACUUCUGCCAGAAGCCUUCUAUGAAGCCACACUGCUACAGGAGAAGGUCAAGCAGCCCUGCCUCCAAGGGCAGGCACCUGAAGUGGCAUGCCUCCAGCUGCGCUACCCAGCACUCCCUGACGGCGCCGUGCCUGUUUCAGCAGCUCAGGCUGGUUAUGUUGAAGACAAUGGACAGCAGAACCCCAUCAAGCUUAUGGAUGACCAGGACAUCUUGGAUGAACUUCGCAGUGGCCCAAUGGCACAUUUGACAGAAGAAGAGCACGCCAUGACCUUGGAACUGAAAGCUCCUUCACCAGGACGAUAUGUGUUCCUGCUCUUCUACCACUCGCUCGACAGCAAUGACUCCCUGCCAGCAGAUGCGACCCUCUCAAACUCCGACGCUUUGGCCACGGGCAAAGUUAAUCUGCAUCGGUGCAAGUACAACAUGGUCUGUCGACAGGUUGUUGUUGAUCACCUGAAUCGCGUGCUGGAGUUUGGGCUGAAGGAUGAUCCAGUGCGCAUAACCAUCGACCUUGGCGAGGACUCCAACACUGAGCUGGCUGUGGAGAGAAUAGUGGCUGUGCCAGCACUCCAAUGGCAUACAGACUAUUUGCUUCCUGGCAGGGAGUGUGUCUUGCGUGAGGGAGAAUGCCAGGGACUGCCUUUCCCUGCCUUCUCUCCUGCUGCAAAGGUUGAAUUCGAGAGUGCAGAGGAUGCCAUGGUGGCAACUGACCUUCCAACGACCCUCAAAGACAAUGGAACUAGCCUGGUUCUUCUUGACCACCGUAAUCCAAUGGUCACCCUUAAUGACACUGUGCCAGAACCGGGACCUUAUGUGCUAGUUGCACACUACUUCCAGCCUGACCACCCUGCCUUCGAGCUGACGACCGUCCUGGAGAGCGGGGGUCACCAGCGUGAGACCAAACUGCCCCUGGAGCACUGCCCCUGGACUUCAGGCUGUCGGGCUGUGCUUCAGAACCCCCAGACAGGCCAAACUGCCUUCCCCCUUGUGGACAACUUCACGCUCACCUUUGAAGUGCCAGACCAGAAGUCAGCCUGGCUGGACCACUUGAUGCUCAUUCGUGAAGACCAGUUUGACAAGUCAAUGCUGCAACCUCUUCCCCUGGAUAAGGCUGUUGAAUUCAUCAAGCAAUGUGGGCAGAACAGCCUUUACAUCAGCACCGACACCAGUGACUUUUGCAAGGAAGCGGUAUUUUCGGUGACUGCUGAGUACAACAAUGGGGCACUUCCCUGCCAGUGCAACAUCGAUGGCUCAUUGUCUUUUGAGUGUGAGCGUUUCGGUGGCCAGUGCCAGUGCAAGGAGAACGUGAUCGGCCGCACCUGCUCCCAGUGCCGCACGGGCUACUAUGGCUUCCCUGCGUGCCAGCCAUGCGACUGUCCCAACACUGCUGUGUGCCACCCGGUCACUGGCCAGUGCAUUUGCCCUCCUCGUGUCACUGGCGAAAAGUGCGACACCUGUGUGCCCCUCACCUUUGGCUACACUCGCAUUGUCGGAUGCGAGGAAUGUAACUGCAACCCUCAUGGAGUCCAAGGAGGCAAUCUCCAGUGUGACCUGCAGAGUGGACAGUGCAGGUGCAAGACCAGCAUUGUGGGCCGCACGUGCGACGAAUGCAAGUGGGGUUAUUGGGAUUUCCCGCGCUGUCGCCUCUGCAACUGUGACCUCCGUGGAACAGUGGAAGAGAUCUGCAACCAGGACACCGCGGAGUGCUUUUGCAAGGAAAAUGUUGAAGGGGAGUCAUGUGACACUUGCAAGCCAGGAACCUUCUUCCUGGAGGAGAGCAACCCUGUGGGCUGCACGAAGUGUUUCUGCUUUGGCACUACAGACCGCUGCAACAGUGCCCUGCUUUUCCGAAGCCAGAUUGUGGAAAUGGAUGGCUGGACAUCUACCGGCCUCAAUGUGCUUGGUGAGUUGACACGUGAAGAACUGGAAGCACCUGUGUCAUCUUCACCCAGCAGCGUGGAGCUGACUCCACCCGCAGAGUUGCCCGUGGGCUCCCUGCUCUAUUUUGUGGCUCCCUCACCAUACCUCGGAAACAAGGUUACGUCCUAUGGCGGAAUGCUGUCCUUCAGCCUUUCAACAACCGUGGAUUAUGCUGUAGACUUUGGCAGCGUUAUUGGUCCAGACAUUAUCCUUACGGGAAACAACUUCACUUUGGUGCACGAGCACUUGGAACAACCCGCGGCAGGUGUUCCACUUGAAUUCAGCAUCAAGUUGGUUGAGGGCGAGUUCCGUCAGCUAGGUGGGCGCAAGGUCACGAGAGAACAGCUUAUGGUGACCUUGGUCAACCUCGAUGGCCUGUACAUUCGGGCUUCCUACUUCCAGCCAUCUCUGCAGGUCAAGUUGAGCAAUGUAGCUCUGGACACAGCACUCUCGACGUACCUUGCUGAUGCUGCCCAAUCCUUGACUGUGGAGCAGUGCCACUGUCCGCCUAGUUACAAGGGGACCUCUUGCGAGGAAUGUGCACCUGGGUACUACCGCUCAAGGACGGGUCCUUAUCUGGGCUUCUGCGUUCCCUGCCAGUGCAACAACCAUGGGGACACUUGUGAUGUCGUCACUGGGAAAUGUUAUAACUGUCGAGACAACACCUAUGGUGACCACUGUGAGAAAUGCUUGCCUGGCUACCAUGGUGAUGCCACCAGAGGCAACCCUGAUGACUGUCUCAUCUGUGCCUGCCCAAUUCCAUUGCCAUCAAAUAACUUUGCCGAGAGCUGUGAGGUGUCUCCAAGUGGACAAGAGAUCAGCUGCAACUGCAAAAAGGGAUACUAUGGAGCUCGAUGUGAUGUGUGCGAUGCUGGCUACUUUGGUCAGCCAGAUGUGAUCGGCAGCAGCUGCGAGCCGUGCCAUUGCAGUGGCAACAUCGACCCUGAAAACCCUGCGUCUUGCGACUCGGUCACUGGUGAAUGUGUGCUCUGCCUGAACAACACCUUUGGCCCAGCAUGUGAACUCUGUGCACCUGGCUUCUAUGGUGAUGCCAUCAUGGGAAAGAAUUGCCGCAAGUGCUCCUGCGACAAAUGUGGAAUGUACUCCUGUGACCCAGCUGCAGGAACCUGCAGGUGUCACGACAAUGUGAUUGGAGAACUCUGUGACCAGUGCGCUCCAAAUCACUGGGGCUUCAGCAGCUGCCAGGGCUGCCGCCCCUGUGACUGCGGCUUGGCUUCCCAGUCCAAGCAGUGUGAUCUGGAAACAGGCCAGUGCCCCUGCCAGCCAGGUGCUGGAGGUCUCCGCUGUGAGGUCUGCGAGCCAGGAUUUUGGCGUUACUCCACCAGCGGUUGCAUCUCGUGCAACUGUGCUGCCAAGUUCUCGGCUGGUGCUGUCUGCAACCAGGAGACGGGUCAGUGCCAGUGCUUGCCUGGAGUAGUUGGGGAGAAAUGUGACAGCUGUCCACACCGAUGGGUCUUUGUAGAGCGACAGGGCUGCCACGAAUGUGGCGAGUGUGUGCAUGCCCUACUGGACGACACAGACCAGUUGGCAGGUCUUUGGGAUAUCCAGUUUGAAGUGAAAGACUUGUCAGCCACAUACCUGGCCAACCAACGGCUGCAAGUGGUCAACCAGACUGCCCAUGACCUCCAGCUUCAGUUUGAGACAUUCCAAUUGGAACGCGAGGCAGAAGAUGCCAGUCCCUUAGGACAGAAUGUCUCUGACUUGGAGACUUUUGGCAAUGCAGUUCGCAAGAGUAUGUCGGUGAUCCUCUCUUCGGCCAGGACAAAUGACAAUGCUGCAUUUGCAACUAAGAUGGCGGCUUUACAAGAGGAAGCUGAUGUCAACAAGACCAUAAAAGAAAUGCAGGAUAUUCUGUACAACCUGAUGACAUUCUCGGAAGGCAUUAGCACAUCAUCUGCUAGCAGCAUCGAGCCCAUGCUUCAAGAAGCGAAGCGCAUCACUGAGCGGCUCAACGAUACAACCUUUGUUCCUGAAUUUCGGCUGUCUGAGGAUGAGCUGGCCGAGACCCGUGAAGUCCUGGAGCAAGCACAGCAGUUCUCGCUGCCUGCGGUACAGAACAAUGCAACACUGGCCGAGCUCAGGCGCAGCAUGCAGCAGGACCUGGAAGACCGUCUGCACGAGUUGGCUAACCACACGGCACGCGCCAACACCAUGAUGCGCAAGGCUUCGGGGCUGCUGCACAAAGCUAACAGCUCACCAUUCAGGGGCCUAGUCGCUCAGAGUGAGGAGCUACAGUCCAAGGCCCAGGAGCUCUUGAGAGAAGGCGAGGAGUUGCUGCGCCAGUGCUCUGGCUUUAACUUGGAUGCAGACAAAGCCCUUGAUGCGCUGGGUGACAAUGAGCGUCGGCUGCGUGAUUCAGUGGACGAGCUCAAAGAAACCUUGGCCAAAGUGAAGAAGCAGACUGACGACGUUGAGCCAAUUGUCCAUGAUGCCGUUGACCACGCGCAACAGCUUGAACACCAAGCUGAGGAAUGCAAGAACAUCUUAUAUGACACAAAACAAACAUCUGCGUCAGCGCUUGCCUAUGAUGAAAUUGUGAAGGCAGUUGAUGAUGCUCUCAAUUAUUCGCGUGCUGCAAAGGCUGCUGCCGAUGAAGCUCACUCCAUGUCUGUUGGUAUCAUCGACCGUGCUUCCGACUCUAAGGGCAACAGUGAAGGUCUCCUCGCUGAUGCAAGGGAACUGGAACAACAUGUAGAAUAUGAAAUGAAGCCAAGAGUAGGAGAUGCUGUUGAAAAGCUUGCAACCAUAGAGCUUCACAACAAAAUGAAUGCCAAAGACUUGCAAGACUUGGCACGUGACAUGGACAAUUUGCAAACAGCUGAAGGCCAAGAAGCCCUGCAGACCUCCGUGACAGCUGUGCGGGCAGCAGCUGACCAAGUGCAAGAAACUUCAGACAAGAUUGAUGCCAUCCUCCAGCGACUUCCUGGUGAAAACACCCAUGCUCAGGAACUCUCCAGCGACAAUGUAGGCUAUCAGCAGGCUCUGCUAGCUGCCAGCAACUACAUUGAUCGUGCCAUGGCUCCUGAGCCAGACUUGGGCCGGCUUGCCAACCGUCUGCUGCAACGACACAAUGCCAUGAAGGACCAUGCCAUGGACAUCCAGAACCAACUGGAAGAACUGCGUCGCAAAGUGGCUCUUGCCAGGGAUGAAGCUAACAGGGUAAAGAUCGGCAUGGAGUUCAACGGGGAACAGUGGCUGCGGCUAAAGAACCCCGAAGACUUGCAAGAGGCCGCUACGUACACCCACCUGUCUCUGCACGUCAAGACAGAUAAGCCUGAUGGCACACUCUUCUACCUUGGAAAUGGCCAGAACCCUCAGCCAAGGGCUAAGCGCUCUCGUGAGGGUGAUUUCAUGGGCCUGGUACUGAGAGAUGGUUACCCCGUGCUUCUCGUCAACCUUGGUGAUGGCAUAGAAGAGAUUCGCAGUGAUAAAUAUGUUGCUGACAACAGGUGGCACCAUAUCAUUAUUGACAGGACUGGCAAAACAGUCAAUCUUGAAGUGCGCACAGAGGGUGAACCCGACAGCACAAAGACGAAGUAUCUUCAAGGUACCAGCAGUGUCUUCAACUUGGAUCAAUCACUGUCUCAGUUCUAUAUUGGAGGUGUGCCAGACACUGAAGAUGUUCAGCUGAGCCCUCGCGACACUGUGCCAUUUGUUGGCUACUUGGAAGAGUUGCAAUUUGGUGGAUUGCCUGUGGGUUUGUGGAACUUCCACAGCCAUGGAGGAAAGCUAGAGGGAUGCCAAGAGCGGGACAGCCUCAUCGAGAUUCCGAGCGGCAGGGGCCUUCGCUUCGAUGGCACAGGCUAUGCCAUAGUGUCCAAGGAGCGUCGUGAUUUCAACGAUGGCAUCAGCAUCAGCAUGAAGUUCCGCACCUAUGCGAGGGAGGGACUGCUCUUCCUCAUACACAAUGGGGGAACGUUUAUGGCCCUGGAGUUGCGUGAUGGCCAUGUUGUGUACAAGUUUGACCUUGGCAGUGGCAUGAUGCAGAUGAGGUCCAAUGCAGCCUACAAUGAUGGUCAGUGGCACCAGCUCAGAGCGGCCCAGUUCCGUGGAGAUGCUGACCUCACUGUGGGAGGCAAUGAUUCUCAGACUGACACUUAUCGAGGUCAAGAGAUGGGCAUCGACUCCAAUGAUGACAUAUUCAUUGGAGGCCACCCAACUUUCCAUGGUCACAUGGAGGUGACCCGUAUAAACUUUGAAGGAUGCAUCGAAGAGUUGGAGCUAGACACAAGACUAGUGGACCUACACAAAACCAAGGAAGCCCUGGCUGUAACAACAGGUUGCCCUCCAAACGUGGCACGGGUGGUAUCAUUCUCAGCGGAGUCUCCUGGCUUUGUUGCCAUGCCAUUCAUGGACUUGACAGAGAAUGCUCAGCUCACAUUGAAGUUCCGCACUAACCGACCCAAUGGUCUCAUUUUCUACACAAGCAAUGAAGACCACUCCAAAUUCCUUGCACUCGGAUUGCGCGGUGGAAGGCUGUUCCUACAAGCACGACCAGGUGGCCGUGUGGAGACUGAGGGCACUUAUGAUGAUGGCCGCUGGCACUACGUCACUGCCAGCAGCUACUCCAACCGGCUGAGGUUGGACAUUGACGAUGCUCUUGUGGUGCAAGAGAAUGCAGUGGAGCCUGUCUUGAUUCACACCACCAGCCCGCUCUACUUUGGAGGCCUUCCCACUGGAGUCCAGGCCAAUCCUGAGCUUCAGCUUGAUGGCCGCACCUUUUUUGUUGGGUGUCUCGGUGAUUCCACUGUGCGAGGUGUGCUCCAGAAUUUUGCUGCUACUGCAGAUCGAGUUAAUGCUGUCCUCACCAGCUGCCCUCUGCCUGGGGAGGAGAGUGGUGAAGAGGGCGUAUCUACAGAGGACACAACACAUGUUUAUGAAGGUGCAGGCAGGCAUCCCUCGAGCGGUCCACUUCCUGGCUGUGUGCUGCCACUGGAGCCAGCUCGCGAUGCUGAUGUGACACCCGAGAGUGGCCUCCGGUUUGGCAACAGUCCCGAGAGCCGACUCGAGUUCAGACUUCCCACAGACCUUGCCAAUAGUCUGAUGGAGCACUCAACCAUCUCACUUGAGUUCCGCACUCGCCACGAGGACGGUAUCUUGUUCUAUGUCACCAACAGCAACAAAGUCGACUUCAUAGCCAUCUUCAUGAAGCAAGGAAAAGUGAACGUCAUGUUCAACUGUGGCACGGGCCCAGGCCUGCUGACUACAUCAGACGUGUACAAUCUUGGAGAGUGGCACUCUCUUGAGUUCAGUCGCCGGGGCCAGAUGGGUGUGCUGUACAUGGACAAUACCACGGCAGCACAGGGCAGCUCCCAGGGAACCACCAGCUCAAUCAACGUCAAGAGCCCCAUCUACCUUGGUGGACUUCCACGCAACGUCUCUUCUCAAGUGAAAAACAAUCUUCGCGGAGUGACUGCCUCUUUUCCGGGAUGCAUCCGUAAGCUGGAAGUACAAGACCGGCAGAUGCUGCGACCUCGGGUCAGCGUUGGUGUCACAGGCUGCUCGCAGAAAGUAGAGACAGGCACCUUCUUUGGUACCAACCACAGCCACCUCAUCCUCUACGACAGCUACAAUGUGGGCAAGGAGAUGACUGUGGAACUGGACAUAAAGCCACGAAGAACUUCAGGAAUCCUGUUUGCAGUUCACAGCAACAACCAGAAGGACUUUGUACUGCUGCAGAUGGUCGAUGGCAACAUCAUAUUUAGUGCCGACAAUGGUGCAGGAAUUAUCAAGGUCUCUGUCACUGCAGGAAACCUUUGCGAUGGAGAGUGGCACACUGUGAAAGCUGUGAAGAACAAGAACAUUGUGUCCCUUGCUGUGGGCGCUACCAGUAACUUGGCCAUUGGGCGAGGAGGAGUCACUGCUACAGACACAAUGAACCCACUCUACAUUGGUGGUGUGCCGGAUCCGACCAAGACACGAGCCACGGCCACACACGAGCAAUAUGUUGGCUGCAUUCGUUACCUGCAGAUCAACGGCAAACUCCAGAGCAUGGCCGAGAGCACUGUUUACGGCAACGUCCAGUUGAAUUCGUGCCCCACCAUCUAAGGAGUUGAAAUCUGCUUGUGUUAUUCCUUGGUAGUAGUACUCAGCUCUGUGUCAAUUUUUUUUUAAUCAUUGACCUGGAAAGUGUUAUGAUUGGUAUUACAAAUUCUCACUUUUCUCACCAGCUACAAAAGUAAACUUACAUUUCAUUGAUAUGCAGUAUGUGCAGAUUGCUUUUAUUUUUAAAUGAGGUAAUGAUAUUGGAUUAAAUUGGUGUUAAACAAAUGCUAUACUGAGGAUUGCAGUCUUAGUGAGGUAGAGGUUUCUUUUAUUGUCCUUGAGAAAGUGUGAAAGUUUUUUUUAUUCGGCUACUGAUGGUAGAAACAAUAACAGCUUUGCUAAAUUAACAUCAUUGUCCUGCACUAGUUUGGUUAAAUGAGAUUUGUGUGACUGAGGUCACUCUAGACCUGAAUUGGAAGAGAAUUGGCAAUUUUUUAAAUCCAGAAAGUGUUAAAUAAAGAUUGGUUUAUUCAUGUCA